AUGUCAAUUAAUUUUCCACCUAUUUUCUUAAGUUAUUUUUAUCGUGUCAAAUAUCAACAACCAGCUAAAAAACCUUAUACGGAAGCCGUUGUUGCAGAAAUCGCCGGUCAACUUGUAACUGGGACCUUUAUACUCGUCAGGACGGGCGCCGGAUGUCCGAAAGACACAUAUUGUAAUUUGACUCAACAACUUUGGACCUUCCAGGGUGAACCUUUUACCCCUAGGUCGGGGAUUUCGGAACCAAUACAACCAAUUCAAUUUUUAUGGAUGUAG